AUGGCCGCCAUAGUGGCCCUAAAUAAUGCUAACAUAAUGGCCGCCAUGAUUAAUGCACCAAAUAGUACUCUACCACCAGCAUUACCAGGUGGAGCUACUGCUAAAUCCUUGCAAGAGACUAUGUCUCGAGCGACUAAAACUCUAGAUAAUAGUAAAAAAUCAACUGAUAAAAGAGUAGAAAAUACUGCUGUUAUAUAUUUUUUGAGUGACUUACUAAGAAAAAAACUAUAUAUACAUCCUGCCGAUGAAAAUAAUUAUGAUCCUGUAGAUGAUAUUUCAGAUAGCUUAGCAGGAUUAAUAUUAAAUAAACAAAUACAGGAGAAGAUAAAUAACACCUCUCCAGGUUCCAAGGAUUCAACUUCGGAUGAGUCCAAUAGAUUAUAUUCAGCGCAAUCAAAUUUGAUAGAAGAAAAUUCUCACCUCCGAGUUUUAGUAUUAAAGAAAGAUAAUGAAGUAGUCUCAGAAAGAUCAGCUGAGUAUGAGUCUCCUCUUACGAAUGAUAUGAAAGAAAGAGUGAGUAAAUAUGUUUCAAAAGAACCACAACUUUCUGCUCUUAAUCCUCUACCUUUCCAAAUAUUUUCUGUAGGUGGUGCAGAAGCUAAGCCUUUACUAACAACUGUCCCUAUCAUUGCGG